AUGAGAAGCAACAGCAACGGCAGCAGCAGCAACAGCAACAGCAGCAUCCCAUCAGCAACACCAGCAGCAGCAACAGCAGCAACAUCAGCAGCAGCAGCAUCAGCAGCAUCAGCAGCAGCAACAGCAGCAGCAGCAGCAGCAACAGCAGCAGCAGCAACAUCAGCAGCAACAGCAACACCACCACCAGCAGCAACAUCAGCAUCAGCAACAUCAGAAGCAACACCAGCAGCAACAUCAGCAGCAACAGCAGCAGCAGCAGCAGCUGCAGCAGCAGCAGCAGCACCACCAGCAACAGCAGCAGCAGCAGCAGCAGCAGCAGCAGCAGCAGCAGCAGCAGCAGCAGCACCGUGGUUUUGUCUGCUUGUUCAGACAUCUCCAGGUCGUCUGUAUCUCCUAACUCAGUAA